AUGGAAGAGUCCUCUCAGCCCGAGCCGGCGCAAGACGUCCACAAGCCUUUCACCAAAGCCGAGCGCAUGCAGCAACUGAGCGAGAUCGACUAUGAUAUCACAAAGCUCCUCACCCUCACCAGUGACGCCCUCAAAGUCCUCACGAAGCCCGACUCUACCACGCCCAAUGGCCAAGGCGACAACGGCGCAGCGGCAGCACCCGAGAAGAGCCCCGAGGAGCAGACGGCAGCAUUCAAACAAUCGAUGGACGCCUUCCUCUUGACGCUGCACUCGGUCGACGUCCGCCUCAAGCGCCAGAUCAUGGGCCUAGAAGAGGCUGGCAUCAUCUCGCUCAAGGAGAACAAAGGCCAGGCGUCGCUGGAGCCCAACGGCAUCGGCAACAUUGGCAACCUCGACGUCGGCUGGCUCAAUAGCCGCAGCAACAAGGUCGAGCGCGACAUGGAGGCAGAGCUCUGGGAAAGGGCCAAGGAGCACCUGGAGGGCAUCUCCAGCAGCACAGAUGGGCAGGAGUCGUCCACAAAGGACAUCAAAAUGGAAGGCUGA